AAAACUUAGAUCAUGCUGCUUUGUGCCUGUCUGGGUGGCGGGACUUUAUCACCGCCUCGCAACGUGUCUAUAAUUGUAGUUUUAUUGGUUUAAAAUAAGCUGCCUAACUUACUAGCUUUACACUUUGAUUUUCGGACAGGCUGAGAAGUGGGGGUUUGGGAAAAACGAAAGCAUUUACUGCUUUCGAAGAAGCACGCAAGACGACGGACGAGCUUUGAGGUUCUGGUUCUAGCGCAGAAAUGUCGGCCAGAGACGCGCUUAGGCGCAACAAAACCAAACUCCUGGACGUCUUAUGUGGAGACCGCAUUCUUAUCCUGCAGAAAGUCUUUGAGAAGAAUCUGAUCACUCUGAGGGAAUACAACGGUCUGAAGGGAAUCAACAAGGAGAACGAUGAGGGCCACGUUGUGGAGCUUGUGGACAAGAUCAUGAAUAAAGGAGAAGAAACCUGCCAACUCUUCAUAAACCUCCUGCAGACAGAUGCGGACAUUAAAACGACUUAUCCCGAUCUGAGGAACAUGCAGUUCAGUGACGUCAGAAUGACCGAGCCGGUCCAGGCUAGCUCACCUUGUUCAGGUGACGCGGGGCCAGAGAAUAAAAAGCUGAAGGGUGAGUGUUAUGAACUAAAAAGCCAGCCUGUUGGUGUCUGCCUGAUCAUAAACAACAAGGAAGUCAUCGGCGGCAAACCGAGAAGGGGGACGGACAAAGAUGCUGAAAGCCUGGCAAAGGUGUUCAGCUGGCUGGGCUUCAGAGUGCUGAUGUGCAAAGACCAAACCAGGGACCAGAUGAAACACACACUGGAGAGCUUUGCUUCGCUUCGUGACGCCGACCAGCUGCAGGAGUCGAGCUUGCAGGAAUGGUUUGGUUGCUCUUUCAUUGCUCCCCAGCAGCUUCUUAAGCAUGGCGAUGCAUUCGUCUGCUGCAUUCUGAGCCACGGGGCGCAGGGUGUGGUUUUGGGGAUUGACUCAAAGCCUCUUGCCAUUAAAGAGAUAACAAGAUAUUUUAAUGCCACUGACCAGUCAGCCCUCACUGGCAAACCCAAGGUGUUCCUGAUCCAGGCCUGCCAAGGAGGCAAAAUCCAGCGAGGGGUUCUGCUGAAAGAUGUGGAGGAGGAUAGCUUGACAUCCAUUCCUGAGGAAACAGAUUUUCUCGUUGCUGUUGCCACUGUUGAAGAUCAUGCAGCUUUUAGACACCCAACAGAAGGAAGCUGGUUUGUCCAGUCUGUGUGUGAGCAGCUAGAGGAGCACUGUCCUAGGGGUGAGGACAUCACUUCCAUCCUCCACCGUGUAAAUGAUCAAGUAGGACAAAAAGAGGGCUCCAUCUAUGUUGGAGAAGAAAAGCAGGCGCCUGAAGUGAGGUUCACGCUGAGGAAGAAACUUGUGCUGUCGCCACCUUCCAUGUGAAGCAACAAAGCUCCUGCAAAUAUAGCAUCUCUAAUUUUUGAUACUAUAUUUUCUAAUCUAUUUUUACUUUGAGUCACAUUUUUUAAUUUUCUACCAAUUUAGCAAAUAAAGUGAGAAGUGCGGUCA